AUGAAGCGAAGCAAAAGCUUUUAUUACAACACUAAAGUAACGAGUUUAUUUUCAAAUGAAAUUAUUUGCAGAUCAUUAUCAUCAUCAUCAUCAUCAUCAUCAUCAUCAUCAUCAUCAUCAUCAUCAUCAUCAUCAUCAUCAUCAUCAUCAUCAUCAUCAUCAUCAUCAUCAUCAUCAUCAUCAUCAUCAUCAUCAUCAUCAUCAUCAUCAUCAUCAUCAUCAUCAUCAUCAUCAUCAUCAUCAUCAUCAUCAUCAUCAUCAUCAUCAUCAUCAUCAUCAUCAUCAUCAUCAUCAUCAUCAUCAUCAUCAUCAUCAUCAUCAUCAUCAUCAUCAUCAUCAUCAUCAUCAUCAUCAUCAUCAUCAUCAUCGUUAUUAAUGAAAUCAACUCUCGACUUCGAAGUAUUUUAG